AUGCCUUCGUCAACACACUCCUCUGUUUCUAUCUCAUAACUGUUCUGCUCUGUUUACUCACAUCCUCUUCAACAAAUGGAUCCUAACUCUGUCCUCCCACUCGUUUCUAUGAAAAUGGAAAACAAGAAUGAUCCAGAUUCGUUCUACGACAUGCUCGAUAAGUUGCCUCCGCUUGAGUCUCUGCUAGAGACCGAUGAUUUGAAACUAGAUGCAGCGUUUCAUUUUCAGUUUCAGUUCAAUGACUUUGGAAAUUUCUUCGAAAACAUUGAAGUGAAUAACACAAUCUCAUCUGACGUGCUCAUGUUGACGCAAGAACCCUACAUCUCAAAUGACUCCUCUUCACCAGUGGCCGUCCAAAACAAAGACUGUCUCAGUUCAACUGAGAGAUGCGAGAAGAGAACACGGAGGAAGAGGAACUCUAGGACAAAGAGACAGGACAAGUUGGAGUUGUCUGAGAUCAGAAAGUUCUUCGACAGACCAAUCAUGAAAGCGGCUAAAGAACUCAACGUUGGACUCACCGUGUUGAAGAAGCGUUGCAGAGAUCUAGGAAUUUACCGGUGGCCUCACCGGAAGCUCAAGAGUCUUAACUCUCUCAUCAAGAAUCUCAAGGGUGUAGGAAUGGAGGAGGAAGUGAAGAACUUGGAGGAACAUAGGGUCCAUAUAGAGCAGGAACCUGAUGCUGAGCUCACUGUUGGAACCAAGAAACUAAGACAAGCUUGUUUCAAAGCUAAUUACAAGAGAAGGAAGUCACUAGCCGCCAAUGGUGAUUACUACUGA